GACAACGGAACUCUGGGAUACGCUUCUAGAGAGCUGUACAGACGCACUUUUGUCGAGGAUGAGCGACCACCCAUCGAAUAUCACCGAGCCUUGCGCCGCAAAUUAACUGCUCAGUCGAGAGGCCCACCGAGUUGGGAAUGUGGUUGCGAGGGGAUUUAGUAGAAGUUGCGCUCUGUGCGCGCCAUCAUGAUGGGCGUCCUCACUGUAGGUGCGAGUAGUCGUGGCGCUUGCCGCAGGUCCUGCGGAGCCGCUGGCUCAGCCGUCCUGGCUCAGACACGGUCGCACCCGGGCAUACACACUCACACUUGGAACAGCCGCGGCCUGCUUCUGCCAUGAGGUUUUCGGCGUUCUCCCUCUUCGUGCUUGUCUGCUGCGCUGCCCAGCCGGCCAGCUCCCUCUCUGCUGCCGAAUCGUGGCCUUGGAGCAGGAAGAAGGUCGAGCGGGCCCCGGUGCAGAAGGUCGAGUCCGUCGCGAAGCCCGAAGAGGACAUCUUGGGUGAGCUCACAAAACCUGGGUGUUACAUGAGGAUGGCUUCUGGGUGCCCCAAGAAGCCCAUGAGGACCGAGCUGUGGAGGCACGACUCAUGGGCCGAGAGGGACGGCGUGAACGCGACGGGGUGCAAGCUGCGCAAGCAGGUCUGGGACAAGUAUUGCGAUUCGAGCGACGCGCAGAUGGCUUUCGUCGCCGACCAGGUCCGCACGCAAUGAUGGCGGUGCCCCCCAGCCAGUGAGCACUUGUGUUCUUGGCAGUUGCGCGUCCCGUGGUAAUCUAAGUCAGUCUCUUAUUAUGACUUUUGCGUGAGCCAGAUCUUUUGACUCCUGCUGUUUGGAUGGCCAUGCGCAAACAAAAGGCUGAAUACCGCAAGCCAC